AUUAACUCGCCUGUGUUCGUGUAGCUCUAUAUCUCCCCAACUUCAUAAAGAAAAAUGAGCGUACCUGCAGGAAACGCUGAGAAUGGCAAGAAGAUAUUUUUCCAGAGAUGUGCACAGUGCCACACAGUAGAGGCUGGCGGCAAACACAAAGCAGGCCCCAACCUCCACGGCUUCUUCGGACGCAAGACUGGCCAGGCCGAAGGAUUCUCAUACUCAGAUGCCAACAAGGCCAAGGGUAUCACCUGGAAUGAGGAGACCCUGUUCGAAUACCUGGAGAACCCCAAGAAAUACAUCCCCGGAACCAAAAUGGUGUUCGCCGGUCUGAAGAAGACCAACGUACGCGCGGACCUCAUCGCGUACCUCAAGAGCGCGACUAAGUAAUCAAAUAAAAUAUUAGGUGACUUAU